GAUGGGAUUCAUCACCAAGUUCAGCAUUUACCUUCUUGGAAUUCUGGUCUCCAGUUCUUUCCCAGGAGCCAAGACCAGCUCAUGUCCCAGGGAUUGGAUGCAAAACCAGGGCAACUGCUAUGCUUAUUUUGAUUUUAAGAUGUCAUGGGAAGAUGCUGAGAUUGAGUGCCAGAGCUAUGGCCGUGGGACCCACCUUGCCUCUAUCCUCACUGAGAAAGAGGAAGCCUUGGUCGCCAAGCACAUUGCCACAUACCAGAAAAACCCAAGUAAUGUCUGGAUUGGGCUCCAAGAUCCCCGUGAGAAUGGGCGUUGGAGGUGGGCUGAUGAAUCAACCUUCAAUUACCAAAGCUGGAACAAAGGGGAACCAAACAACUCGGGUGGCAUGGAGUAUUGUGUGGAGUUGCUGCAUGACUCUGGUUUACGGAAGUGGAAUGAUAAAAGAUGUGAUCAAACCAAUACCUUCAUUUGCAAGCAAGAACUGUAAAGCAGUCCUACAGUUCCCAACAGUGCCAGCUGGGAGCUUCAAUUGAAGUCAGAUGCCUCAAAGCGAAAAACCAGCUAUCUCCAAUGACUCUAAAAUAAACAUUCAUGUCUAUAGCGUUGUCU